AUGGUGCUGCAGCUGGAGUUCUUUGCAUUGCUCAAAUGUUGUUCAAGUGGAAUUCUCAGUUGCAUGAUUCGGCUGCUUAACCUGCUUUUUUCCCAAACCCUCCGUGAAGGUAACUCUGUCGCGGAUGCUCUAGCAAAGUUAGGUAGCGAUAAACAGGCUGACUCCCUUUAUCGCCCCAGAGCCGAUCUCCCGAGACACAUUAGAGGCUCCCUUGUGCUAGAUUGCACUGGAUCAUACCGAAGACUCUCAAGUGCAAAGAAAUUACAGGAGAAACAGAAGGAGAGGGUGAAACUAGUGGCCAACAUGCAUCAAAGGAAGGCAGAUAUGUCCCACCAUUCCGAUGCUUUCGUAUGGAACCUUAGAAGAGCUCUUGGAAAAAAAAGGGAACCAAAAAGAAGAAGAAGAUAUUGUUAUUUUUUUAGUUCCUGCUAUUUCUACUCUGAAUCAUUGCAGAAUGAUGUUAGAGGGUUGAUGCUUGACAUGUAUGACUUCAACAAUGACAUUUGGUUGUGCCACUCCUUUGGAGGCCAAUGCUACAAUUUGACAGCGUUCCAACCUGCUAUUAAUGUGCUAAAAGAAAUUCAACUGUUCCUUGAUGCCGACCCUUUGGAGAUCAUUACGAUCUUCAUAGAAGAUUAUGUCACAUCACCUCAAGGCCUAACUAAGGUAUUCAAUGCCGCCGGCCUUAGGAAAUUUUGGUUUCUGGUAUUGGGGAUGCCUAAAAAUGGGCAGGAUUGGCCCAUCAUCGAUGAUAUGUUUAGUAAGAACCAGCGUUUGUUGGUAUUCACCCCAAAAUCGGCCAAGGAGGCUUCUGAAGGCAUUGCCUAUGAGUGGAGAUACAUUGUAGAAAACCAAUAUGGUGAGAGUAAGAUGAAGGCGAGUUCUUAUCCUAAUCAUGCGGAAUCAUCUCCCAUGAACACAACAACAAGAUCCCUUGUUUUAGAGAACUAUUUCCCUGACAAUCCUAAUUUAGCGAUAGUUUGUAAGGACAACUCAGCUCCACUUACUAGCAUGACUGGUACAUGUCAUGAAGCAGCAGGAAAACGAUGGCCCAACUUCAUUGCUGUCGAUUUCUACAAGAGAAGCGAUGGAGGGGAAGCCCCACAAGCCCCACCGAAUAAUCCUAGCCAUCAGUUUUUUCUUUCUUUCUUUCUUUCUUUUUGGACUUUUGACCAUAAACAUGUAUGCUUUGGGAUGAGUCACUGUCUGCUUCGUUGGUUUCAUUCGUUGUUGAAUUGCACACUAAAACCGAGUUUUGAGAACCUCACUUCUAGCUUGAGGGGAAACCGUAUAAGAACCAAAGACUUGGUCCGUUGGUCUUGAUACAUGUAAGAGUAUUUUAUAAGUUUCAAUGUUUUUUGUUGACUCCUGACUCACUUUAUAGUUUAUACUACCAGAUGUAUUGUAGAUUGAUUUUUUCUCUCCAUUUUACUCUUUGAAUGCAACGGUUAUUAAUCACUGGUUAUUUUCCUAGGCCCAUUCCAGAUAGUAAAUUACUGUCUUAUGUCUAACUUUUCAAUCAUUUCCUAUUGGUUCCAAAGGCAGUAGAAAGCUUUUCUUAUAUUUUCUGAGUUGAGCAUUUCUGCUGGCUAGGCUGAUGCUAGGCCUUUUUAAUGGCUAUGCGCUUGCAAGUAAUUUCAGGGAAUUACCAAGUUCUCUGACAGUCACUUUACUAUAUUUUUUCUGGGUGCAAUCUGCAGGCAGAAGCAAUCAGUUAAACAAAUGGGGGCCCUAUUCUUACUAAUAAUUGCUGCCAUACUUCUAAGCUUUGGAGAAGGUUCUGGCAGGGAUUCUAGUGGCACUAACCCAGAUCAAGUUCUCUUUCAUGGAAUCAUUCCUGUUUUAGUUGCUUCUGUGCUCUCUUGUCUGGCUUCUUCUCUCUGUCAGAGGGCUUCUCAGGUUAGACUCCUUUACAUUCCUCCAUUUUCUCCAUUUUCUUCUAUCCUUUCUAUAUUGUUUCCUUUUGGUGCAGGUGAAGAAACACAACUCAUGCUUAAUGACUGUGGAAAUGUCUAUAGUUGGAAGCCUGUCAGUGGGUUUCUUCUCUCUGUCAGUGGGCUUCUCAGGUGAAGAAACACAACUCAUGCUUAAUGACUGUGGAAAUGUCUAUAGUUGGAAGCCCGUGCUUAUUGGCAAGUAUGUCUAAGUCUCCAGAUGGAGAAGCCAUCAGACAGCAUGGGUUUUUUCAU